AUGCUUUAUGUACCUUCCCUUUGCGAAUAUUUCCUAUCAAUUGGCGGAGAUAUCAAUGAUCAUGAUUAUGAUGGAAAAACCACUCUGCAUAGUGCAGCAAUGCGUAAUUAUAAAGAGGUAGCUGAGCUUCUUCUUUCUUAUGGUAUAAAUAUCAAUAAAAAAGAUAGAUUUGGAAAAACCGCUCUUCAUUAUGCAGCACAAAAUAAUAGUAAAGAAACAGCCGAACUACUUCUUUCACAUGGUAUAAAUAUCAAUGAAAAAGAUAAAAAUGGAAAAACAGCUCUUCAUAUUGCAUCAGCAUUUAAUAGCAAAGAAACAGCUGAAAUUCUUCUUUCACAUGGUAUAAAUGUCAAUGAAAAAGAUAAAAAUGGAAAAACAGCUCUUCAUAUUGCAUCAGCAUUUAAUAGCAAAGAAACAGCUGAAAUUCUUCUUUCACAUGAUGCAAAAAUAUAA